AUGGUGUCUCCGGCGAUUGCCCUGGCCUUCCUCCCGUUCAUCGUCACCCUGCUGAUCCGGUACCGGCACUACCUGAUGCUGCUGUACCGGGCAGCGCUGGUGCCCUGGCUGCGGGACCGGCUCACGGGCACCUCGCGGGAGCAGCGCGCCUUCCAGUACCUGCUGGCCCAUGCCAUCCCGGGGGACCCCCAGCACAUCCUCCAGACCUUCGAUCAGUGGUGCUACCACUGUGAGCACCUCAGCUGCGUGGGGCCCGACAAAGGGCGGAUCGUGGAGCGGGUGCUGUCGGAGCGGGCGCCGCUGCGGGUGCUGGAGCUGGGCACGUACUGCGGCUACGGCACCGUGCUGCUGGCACAGGCGCUGCCCCCAGGCGCCCGCCUCUACACCAUCGAGGGCGACCCCCGGCACGCCGCCGUGGCCGAGAAGGUCAUCCGCCUGGCCGGCUUCAGCGAGCAGACGGUGGAGCUGAUCGUGGGCCCCUCGGAGGAGGUGAUACCCCGCCUGCGCGAGAAGCACGGCCUGGUGAACGCCAACCUCGUCUUCAUGGAUCACUGGAAACGCAGCUACCUGCGGGAUCUACGGCUGCUGGAGAGCCACCAGCUGCUGGCUGAGGGGGCCACCAUCCUGGCUGAUAACGUCCUCUUCCCCGGGGCACCCCACUUCCUGCAGUACGCCAAGACCUGCGGCAAAUACCACUGCAAGGUGCACCGCGCCAGCCUGGAGUACUUCCGCGCCAUUCCCGACGGAAUCGCCGAGCUCCGCUACACCGGUACCCACUGAGCGGGCAGUGCUCCUGCCUCGUGCUGG